AUGCCCCACGCAGCUGGAAACCCCGCCUGUCGCGCCAUUCUUUGCAUUCAUGGAGGCGGAUCAUCACCUGACAUCUUCCGCUUCCAGACCUCCCGGAUACGUGCCACAAUGAAAGGGGAGUUCGUGUUCUUCUUUGCUACUGCACCGCAUCCUUCAGAGGCAGGCCCAGAGGUGCUGCCGUUCUUUGCCGGCAUGGAACCGUACCUGGCAUGGUUCCGCUAUGUCGACAAUAACGUACGACUAUGUGUCGAGAAGGACGAGACGUUAGCGGUCAGCGAAAGUGUCCAGCAAGAAAUUUCCACAUUUAACGACAGCAUCAAAGAAGCAGUGGAUCAAUUGAAAGCAAAUAGCCCGUCGAUAGAGGUCGUAGGUGUUUUGGGCUUCUCUCAAGGGGCGAUCGCAGCCACUAUACUACUUUGGGAGCAGCAAGCCGGCCUUGUACCCUGGCUUCCAAGGCUGAAAACCGCGGUUCUGAUCUGCUCCGGCUACAGGGAAAUAAUGACGCAGUAUAUGCGCGACUUUUGUGCGACCAAGCGCCUUGACGAGAACGAGAUCGUGAUCAAGAUCCCGACAUUGCAUCUUGGUGGGCGGAAGGAUGUGUAUGGCUAUCCACAGACUUGGCAGAUGUUCACGACGCACUUUUCCUCUCAGAGCUCUGAGUUCCACGAAUUCGAAGGUGGACACGAGUUACCAAAGUCAUUGGAAGAUAUUCAGUUUGUCACGAGAUACUUUAAGAAACAUCUAGAUGAAUCGAAAAUUUAA